CCCCGGUCCUCUCCGUGGGAGCCCGUGGGAGCCCGAGAGCCUGUCUCCCUGAUCUGACGUGCUCAAGAAGCUGUUUUGGAAGUGGAGAAGCAUCCCGUGAAGACACAGAAACUAGCCCCAAGGGUACCACAGGAAGGCACAAGAAAGAAUACUGGUCCUCAAUUCUAUAAGCCAGACAAGUAUAAAUGUGAUGGCUGUGCUGCCUGGCCCUCCACAGCUGCUGGGAGUGCUGCUCACCAUUGCCCUGAGCUCCAUCAGGCUCAUUCAGGCUGGGGCCUAUUAUGGAAUCAAGCCACUGCCACCUCAAAUUCCUCCUCAGAUGCCACCACAAAUUCCACAGUACCAGCCCUUGGGCCAGCAAGUACCUCACAUGCCCUUGGGCAAAGAUGGCCUCGCCAUGGGCAAGGAGCUGCCCCACAUGCAAUAUGGCAAAGAGUAUCCACACCUACCCCAGUAUAUGAAGGAAAUUCAACCAGCACCAAGAAUGGCCAAGGAAGUGGUACCCAAGAAAGGCAAAGAAAUACCAUUAGCCAGUUUAAGAGGAGAACAAGGUCCCCGGGGAGAGCCGGGCCCAAGAGGACCGCCUGGGCCCCCGGGCUUGCCAGGUCAUGGGAUCCCUGGAAUCAAAGGAAAACCAGGCCCCCAGGGCUAUCCGGGAGUCGGAAAGCCAGGUAUGCCUGGAAUGCCAGGGAAGCCGGGCGCCAUGGGAAUGCCUGGGGCAAAAGGCGAAAUGGGGCCCAAAGGGGAAAUCGGGCCUAUGGGGAUCCCUGGACCACAAGGACCUCCCGGGCCUCACGGACUGCCGGGCGUUGGGAAGCCAGGUGGGCCAGGACUUCCAGGACAGCCAGGAGCCAAGGGUGAACGAGGACCCAAAGGACCGCCGGGACCUCCAGGCCUCCAGGGUCCUAAAGGAGAGAAGGGAUUCGGGAUGCCGGGACUGCCGGGUCUCAAGGGUCCUCCGGGGAUGCACGGCCCGCCCGGCCCUGUUGGACUUCCAGGAAUAGGAAAACCAGGAGCGGCAGGUUUCCCUGGGCCCCAGGGUCCCCUGGGAAAGCCAGGGCCUCCAGGAGAACCCGGCCCCCAAGGCCCUGUGGGAAUACCGGGAGUUCAAGGACCACCCGGCAUCCCUGGAGUUGGAAAGCCAGGCCAGGAUGGGAUCCCUGGCCAGCCAGGAUUUCCAGGUGGCAAAGGGGAACAAGGACUUCCGGGGUUACCGGGACCCCCGGGCCUUCCAGGGGUUGGCAAACCAGGCUUUCCAGGCCCCAAGGGUGACCGGGGCAUUGGAGGUAUUCCUGGGGCUCUUGGGCCAAGAGGGGAGAAAGGACCAGUGGGUGCUCCUGGCAUGGGAGGUCCCCCAGGAGAGCCAGGCCUUCCUGGAAUCCCGGGUCCCAUGGGCCCUCCGGGUGCUAUUGGUUUCCCUGGACCCAAAGGAGAAGGUGGAGUUGUGGGGCCACAGGGGCCCCCCGGUCCCAAGGGUGAGCCGGGGCUCCAAGGGUUCCCGGGAAAGCCGGGUUUCCUCGGUGAAGUAGGGCCCCCGGGCAUGAGGGGUUUGCCAGGUCCCAUAGGACCCAAGGGAGAGGCUGGGCACAAAGGAGUGCCGGGUCUUCCUGGGGUUCCCGGGCUGCUUGGACCUAAGGGAGAGCCAGGCAUUCCGGGGGAUCAGGGUCUACAGGGCCCCCAAGGUAUUCCAGGGAUCGCGGGGCCUAGUGGUCCUAUUGGACCUCCUGGGAUCCCGGGUCCCAAAGGAGAACCAGGCCUGCCAGGACCUCCAGGGUUCCCCGGGGUGGGGAAGCCAGGAGUGGCCGGACUUCAUGGUCCUCCAGGGAAGCCUGGUGCCCUUGGGCCUCAAGGUCAACCAGGCCUUCCCGGGCCCCCUGGUCCUCCAGGGCCCCCAGGGCCCCCAGCCGUGAUGCCCCCUACACCACCCCCCCAAGGAGAAUAUCUGCCAGAUAUGGGACCCGGAAUUGAUGGCUUGAAACCCCCUCACGCUUACGGGGCUAAGAAAGGGAAGAAUGGAGGGCCUUAUGAAAUGCCUGCGUUUACCGCGGAGUUGACCACUCCUUUCCCCCCGGUGGGAGCUCCGGUGAAGUUUGACAAGCUACUCUACAACGGCAGACAGAACUACAACCCGCAGACGGGCAUCUUCACGUGUGAGAUCCCCGGUGUCUACUACUUCGCAUACCAUGUCCACUGCAAGGGGGGCAACGUGUGGGUUGCUCUGUUCAAGAAUAACGAGCCCAUGAUGUACACCUACGACGAGUACAAAAAGGGCUUUCUGGACCAGGCAUCUGGGAGUGCUGUGCUGCUGCUCAGGCCUGGAGACCGGGUGUUCAUCCAGAUGCCCUCAGAACAGGCCGCGGGACUGUACGCUGGGCAGUAUGUCCAUUCCUCCUUUUCAGGAUAUUUAUUGUAUCCGAUGUAAAAAUUUAAAAAGAAGAAUGAAAAAAGAGAUUUAAUAGAAGAAAAGAAGAAAAUGAUGCACCAAAAUCCAAAUGGAAAACAUAAUUGCUUCAAAACUAUAUAGUUGGAAAGUUUUAUUUAAGUGAAAAUUUGGUAUACCAUGUUAAAAAUAAAACAACAAUAAGAUGUCUAUUCAUACUAUGCACAGCAGCAUGUACCUGAAAACCAUGGCAAUAAUUUAUACAUCAAGUUCCACAACUUGUGUUAGACCCAUAUUAUCUGUUUGUUUUAUGCGUCCAUGAUUACCCACUUAUUCCCAUCAGUCAAAAUAUGUCAGUCUGCAAGAUCAAAGAUGAGUGUAAUACUCAUGUUGUUUCCUUUAAAGGAUUUAAGAAAAUGUCUUAAAGAAACAUCAAUGAUAGUAAUUACAUACCACAUUAGCUUGCAUAGUCCACUCUACUUGUGCAGAUACUUUGCCAUGGAAUGUUGGAGGAGAGUUCUUUAGUAUUACUGUUCUGUGAGAGGGGGCCCUAGGUUAUCAAGGCAAUCCUCUCUAGUCGAAGGGAUAGUUGCCUGUGCCAGAGGUCUGUGUUCUUUAACACUGGGAGUCCUGGUUACUACAAUUGUUUGUCAAGAGAUCAACCAAUAGCCCAUUGUGUAUUUGCUCAGCACCUUCUCUAGGUGGAGCACUGGGUGCUAGGUGGAGCACUGGGUGAGAUGCUGGGAUAGAGCCUAAAGAGUCCACAAAAAGUUUACAACCACCUGGGAGAUACCAACAAAUUAAUAAAUUUAUCCUUGUGUGUUUUUUUUCUUUCCUCUGUGUAAUUUACACUACAGCUUAAUCAAUAAAACACCUGGAAAUGAUGAGAGAGAGAGAGAACUCUUCCUCCAAUAACCAAUAUAUUGUUAAUAGCAGAUAUCAUUUAUGUUUACAUGCAUUAAAUAUUUCUCUUUCUGUCCUCCCCCACAACAAACAAAAAGACUUGGAGAUUUUUUUUUUCAGUAACUGUGAAUUUCAAAGAAAUCUACCUGGGUCAUCGGAGUUUACAAGGUCAAUUUCCAAAAUCCAGGUUGUUUUUAUUUGAGAAAAAAUUCAAAUGACAUAGGCAAAUAAAUUUGCAUUAAAAUAAUUAUGAAGUUUGAGAUUUAAAAAAACAAGUGUGCUACUUCUAGCCAUAGUUACUACAGUUGUAGGAAACCCCUUCUUCUGAAGUGGCCUAAGGGGGAGGUAUCUAGGACAUCAUAGGGCAACAACACCCCAUGUCUUUUAGUAACCCCGUAGUCAGCUAAACAAAUUUGAAAGUGAGAAAUAUUUCUUUCCAGGUCUUAGCUAUAUGCACUGCUCAAAACACCAACUGUUUAAGCUCUGCUGUUAGCCUGCUACUUUAAGCAAAGACUGCUGUGAGGCUAUGGUGGUCAAACCUUAUAUAUUUUUCUCAAAAGUUAAAAGCAUGAGAAAGAGGUAAAUAUAAAUUGGAAAAUAUAAAAGCACAGAGAUAUGGGCCUGUGUCAAGCCUGAAGUAUUCCUACCAUCACAGAAAGUUUUUACUUGGUCUUAUACAUAUCUUUCCCAGAUAUAUAAGCACUAUUUCUUCUCAAUUUUUAAGACAAAUUAUUUCAUUCUUAUUUACUAAUAGUUAUACAAAGUACUUUCACCAUGAAAAAGAUGCCCUACCCAUCCUUUAUUUUCAAGACAAACAGCAUCAAUGUGGCCAGAUAUCCUCUGAGUUGGUCUUAAGGGUGCUGCUUUAGGGUUGGUGACGAUGAAGGUAGAUUCAGUGGGCUCCUUCUGUUAAAUAGUUAUAUUGAAAUGGCAUGGAAGCAGGUCAGGCAACCUGAUUUAUAAAAUUAUACUUAUCUGUACAUGUAUGAGCUUUUGAUUUCCAUCAAACAAGAGAGAAAUUAUCUCUAGUUAAAACCAAAUUUCACUUUAAAAAUAUCUUCCAACUUAUUUAUUGGUUGUUAUUCAAUUGCCUAUAUAUGUGUGUAUGUGUUUAUGUAUAUUAUCAGGCAUAUGCUCCUAACUUUUAGAUGUAAGAGGAGCAGAAAUUAUGCCAGAUACUGUGUAUUCUACAAUGGUGCUAAUCUCAGAGCUAAAUGAUACUUCAUUUAAUUUAAAAAAGAGUUUUAAAUAAUUAUCUAUGUGCCUGGUUUCCUUUUGAGUGUUGCACAUCAUGUUAACAUGUUGUUGUGAAAGUAGAUAAAACAACUAUAUAUUCUAAAGUCUAGAGAUAGUAUUAUGAUCACCAUUUAGUUGAAAACUAACUAGAACAUUUCCAUGUGAAAUGGACCAAACUGGCAUUGUUCUUAUUUAAACACAGAAUUUUAAUGCAGUAUAUCCCUCAGGGGAAAAGAAUGUUUAUAAAGAGUGACUAUCCUCAAAUAUUUUGCAGAACACAAUGAAUGGUGAACAGACUGGUAACUUGUUUGAGUUUCCAUGAUAAAUGAGACUCAAUGGCAAAUCAUUUUUGUACUGAAAUUUUUGUACUGAUUCGAAAAAGUUAUUAAAUACCUUUAAAAGUG